UCUGGUGGGUAUAAACACCAGCGCCUUCACUUACGUCCCGUCAUCAGGCAGGAGGACUGAAGAGCUGACAUCAAGCGCAGAGCAAGUCCUUCAGCUUUUAAGGACUUCACCCACUCAAGAUGAAGACUUUCCCCAUCGCCGUCGUCGCUGUGGCCCUCGUCGUCGCGUUCAUCCGUGUUCAGGAGAGCGACGCUGUUCUGGCCACUGAGAGCGCUGAUCUGGUGGAGCUGCAGACCGACUAUGGAGUAAUAGAUUUGGAUCAAGAUAUGCCAGAGGACUCAGUGGAUACGCCGUACGAAUCAGUCCAGCUGCGCCGCCGCCGCCGCCGCCGUUGCCGUUUCUGUUGCGGCUGCUGCCCCAACAUGGUUGGCUGUGGAACCUGCUGCAAGUUCUGAGGACGACCUGUUGCCGCCGUAGCAACAACAUGAACAAAUAAAAAGCCACACAGCAUACACAAGUUUUCAACCUGUUAGCACGUUUUUACAAGGUCUUAGAGGAUUAUGUGUGAUUGUAACACAAGGUAUUGAUUUUUACUUAAUCUCUUUGUUUGACAUGAGCUGAUAUUAGAAUUGCAUCUGAAAACAAAUGAUGUUAUAACUGAGCAGAGAUGUGCAGAAAGCAAUGGGUUUGGGCAGACAUGGAUAUUAGUUCUGCUUAGUUAAUUUGACUCAUGGCUUGAAUUUUUUUUAAUUUUUUUUCACAAUAAAUGUUAUCAAUCUUCCCUAA